CUACCUUGCGACAACCUAUGAAUUUUUAAAAUUCAGUUUUGAAGUAAAAGUUCAUUUUUCUCCAGGUUGGAAUUAAAAUGUCAGCACUUGAAAGUUCAGACUCCAAAUCAAUCGAGGUCUGUUGACUCUUCUCUUUAACCCCAUCUUCUCUUCCUCUAACAAAACACCCAACUCUGUUCGUUGUCUUAAGGAAGAAGACCUAAUUCUAUUCACCAUUUCAAUCGGUUUGACAUUCACGAUUCAAGGUUUGUGGCUUGUCACCCGAGUAAUCCUUUGGAAGCAUGGUUGAAUGAGGAACUUUAGUAGCUGAUUCAAGGUUUGUGGCUUGUUACCCGAGUAAUCCUUUGGAAGCAUGGUUGACUGAGGAACUUUAGUAGCUGAUUCAAGGUUUGUGGCUUGUCACCCGAGUAAUCCUUUGGAAGCAUGGUUGAAUGAGGAACUUUAGUAGCUGAUUCUCUCUGUCAGAUUCAGGCCAGUGUGGAUGGCAGAUCAUUCACCGAGGACUCCCUUUUCUUUCGCAUAUCUGGGCCGAUUUUCCGUAUCUGUUAUCUUCUUGCGCCCAAUAUUGGUUGCAGCAUGUAAUGCGGUGUGGCUAAUGGGCUAGCAAAUGCGGCAAAGCUAUGCCAUGUUGCUGAGACAAAGUCUUCUCCUUGUCGGCUGUCCAUAUCUUUGCCUCCAGAACCAACGGUCGGGUUUCCAUUCCCAAACCCAGUUAGUGCAGCAACUCCAAAAUUCCACCAAUUUCGUUUCUAGAACUGGCGAUGCCCAUCGACUCUUCGGCAAAAUGCCCGAACCAAACGUUGUCUCUUGGACUUCUCUUAUGGCUGGUUACAUCGACGCUAACCAACCCGAAGUCGCUCUUUGGCUCUUCGAAAGAAUGCGGGAAACUUCUACAUGGCCCAAUGCUUUCACCUUUUCUACUGCGGUUAAUGCUUGCUCGAUCCUUGCUGACCUUAAAACAGGCAGGAAACUCCAUUCCCGCAUCCAGAUGCUUGGGUUUCAAUCAAACCUUGUUGUUUGCGCAUCCCUCAUCGAUAUGUAUGGGAAAACCAACCAAGUCGAUGAAGCUCGUCAGGUGUUUGAUACAAUGGUGUACCACAACAUUGUUUCUUGGACUUCAAUGAUGGCGGCAUAUGCCCAGAAUGCACGAGGCCAUGAUGCACUGGAGCUGUUUAGGGAAUUCGUUCGAUUAAAUUCAGACCCGCCGAACCAUUUCAUGUUGGCGAGUGUUGUUAGUGCUUGUGCAAGCUUGGGUAGAUUAGUCACAGGGAAAGUGACCCAUGCGGCUAUAAUUCGCGGUGGCCACAAUUCAAAUGAUAUUGUUGCCACUGCACUUGUUGACAUGUAUGCAAAAUGCGGGUCCUUAAAUUAUUCCACCAAGGUCUUCCGACUGAUCCAGAACCCUGGCGUGAUACCAUAUACGUCAAUGAUAGCAGGAGCUGCAAAACAUGGGCUUGGGACAUUUUCCAUUGAACUCUUCAAAGAGAUGCUCGAGAGAGGAAUUAGACCUAACGAUGUCACCUUUAUUGGGGUAUUACAUGCUUGCAGCCAUUCAGGUCUCGUUGAUGUAGGACUUGAAUACUUGAAUUCCAUGUACACCAGGCAUGGGAUAACACCGGAAGCGAAACAUUACACCUGCACUGUUGAUAUGCUUGGUCGCGCUGGCCGUCUGGAUGAGGCUUACCAGUUGGCAAUGGCUAUCCAAGUAGAGCCUGAUGACAGAGCACUAUUGUGGGGCACACUGCUGUCGGCUAGUAGGAAUCAUGGAAGGUUGGAUUUUGCUAUCGAGGCAGGUCAGAGGUUAGUUGAAUCAAACCAACAAGUAGCAGCUGCUUAUGUCACUAUGUCGAACACAUAUGCAUCAGUUGGGAAAUGGGAUACUGCUCAUAGACUCCGUUCUGAAAUGAAACAACAAGGAAUCCACAAGGAACCAGGGUGUAGUUGGGUUGAGAUAAAGAAUGCAUUGUAUGUCUUCUAUGCUGGAGACGUGCAAUCAUGCGUUCGCGGGAGUGAGGUGGUGAAGUUAUUGAGUGAAUUGGAGGUGAGAAUGAAGGAGAGAGGCUAUGUUGGGGGUAGCAAUGGAUUGGUGUUUGUUGAUGUGGAGGAGGAAGGCAAGGAGGCAAUAGUUGGUCUCCAUAGUGAGAGGCUGGCUUUGGGUUUUGGAUUGUUAAGCAUUCCUAAAGGGAUGACUAUUAGAGUGAUGAAGAACUUGAGAAUGUGUUGGGACUGUCAUGAGGCCUUCAAACUCAUAAGCGAGAUUGUGGGGAGAGAUUUCGUCGUCAGGGACAUAAAUAGAUUUCAUCAUUUCAAAGAUGGCUCUUGCAAUUGCAGGGAUUUUUGGUGAUAUAUCAUGCAAUAACUUGUAUAUAUUUUCAUUCGACAAAAAGAGAAUAAAAAAUAAAUGGAUAAGUUAAACGACCUAAGUGUGGAACUAAAAGGCCCCAUUACCUCCUAGGUACCCCCAGCUAUCUGUGGUCUUGGGAGGGUGGACUUGUCAUGACUUCUGAGAUUAGUUUUAUGUGCUUGCGUUUCUUCUUUACAAUUAUUAUGCUUAUAGGAAAAAAGUAUGGUUUCCUCAUAAACCCCACCAUACCACAAGUGCAAAAAUGAUGUAAAGUUAUCAAUCAGUGUAAAGCAUCUUCCUCCACUGCCUGAAUGAUGCACUAUGGUGUAAAGGAAUGCCAAGAGUUGCAACCGGUAUUGAUUAGAGCUACUUCAAUGCUAGAUUGUGGAUCACUGCAUUGCAGCAUCAGGGUUCAAAUGAAAAAUGAUUAAUAUAAAUUUUUAGCUCAGAUAUCUAUAAUUGGAAUAUGUCAUGGGGAAGGAAGAGCAUCUUCCUCGAAUAGUGUAUUGACUUCUUUUGACAAUGACUUGGGUAAAGCUAUGGUGCAACCCAAACUCCAGCCUUCAAGGUCCUUUAUGCUUAUAAUUCUCAGGAAGAGCAGUCUGUUAGACAAUGUAUGCCCUUAAGA